AUGUUCGACGCCUUUCUUCUAAAGCUUGCAGUGAAGCCUAUCAACAAACCGGAUCAUGUUCCAGCACCUCCAGAAGUAUGGGAGAUCCGUGUUCUUCUAAGCACAACCAUCUAUGAAAUAAAGGAGCUGAUUUGGAUCCACAGCGAGAACCACAGUCUAUCACCGCCCUUCCUUAGGAUCAAGAUGUUCGGAGGACCUGUCGGUGAUCUGUCGUCCUUGGACUCUAUCUUAGGUCUCACUGAGCCUCCAGCAUAUGACAAUUCAAUCGACGCUUUGUCAGUGAUCAUUGACUACACCCUAUUCGGGUCUCCAGCUAUUCCACACAGGGAUCCCAUCCCACUGUUUUUUGAUGUGCUUGUCUCUUCUAUAAUCAAUGGGACAAGACGGCAGACACUACUUCGGGAGUCAUUGGGCUCAACCGUGAGAGACAUUAAAGAGCAAAUCGUCGAGAAGUAUUCCCUAGAUCGGUCUGCUUAUGGCUUAAAAGUACCUGAUGGCAUUUUAUGCGACGAUGAUAACACACUUCGGGACAUAUUGGGGCUCGACGUUCCACUUCCUCGUAACAAGCGUCUUGAGUUGCAACUAGUCGAACGCGGCACACAACUACUAAAGAUCACCGAAAGGUCAUCAGGAAGACAUUUCGCAUCAAUCAAUAUCACAAAUGCUACUACAAUACAGGAGGUCAAAUCUGUUGCUUCGAGAUAUGCUGCUGUCCCUGAGCACCUCGUCAGACUCGCAUAUAGAGCUCACAUCAUUGCAGAGCCUUCGGUUCAGCAGGAUGGAAGGACAAUACUUGACAUUUUACAGCUUGGAUCCACCUUCGAACUGACAUUCGAAAUCGAAUUUGAUCUAAAGGAUGAAGCGACGACAAUCAUAAACGGAGAGGAAUGGGCCCCUACGGGGAAUACUUUUGUCGAGGUCGGGGACAAGAACGGAUCAACAAGAUUGGUUCAUCAAUCAACUUUGUCCUCCAGCACAUAUGUCAUUAGCUUGCAAGGAACAACGGUCGAACUCGACUCCUCAGAGUGUAUCAUCAAUGACAACGAAGGAUAUGUUCUCAUAAGUCCGGUGGGAUACUCAAGAAUCAGAAACAAAUGGGGAAGCAGAGUUUUGAAAGCACAAAAGAGAAAUUCCUCACAGAUCAAUGGAACGCAGCAGGGGGAAGAAAGAGUGCUCCAAGCUAACCCGACUCUCCAGCCACAAGUGAUGCAGCCACCGCAGCAGGAUGAUCACGUCCGAAGGGAGCAUUGGGCCCAAGAAGCUGACCCUGUUCAGCUCGAGGAAGAGAUAGCAGAGAGGGAUCAACGCAGAAACAUCGCAGGACAGAGACAGACCGUUUUCACGAGGCUAAUAGCAGCCGCCAUGGCCAAUCGCCAGAACCUUCGAAGGAUUGGUAUCAAUGUCUUCUUCAUGGCUAUGAUAGGUUUCGAUAUGCUUGUUCUCCUCACGAUACCUAAAUUUGCAACAGCGGCAGUCGCUUUCACAUUUCUUUAUUCGGUUUUCAUCCGAGGCGGAGAAAUCAGCGACUGGCUUGACCACUGGAUCCUUGGCGAGGGGGCACCAAACACUGUACCAUUCCGAAUCGUUCGGCUCAUUUCCAACACAAUACGAGGGGGCUAUAAUUUGUAUCACUUCAAUUUCGACAGGAUGUACAAUUUCACCUCGAACUUAGUGAUGCAAUUGAGACCUUCGAGGGAGACUUUACUCGAGAGAACAGCCCAGCGGACCGAUACUGUAUCAUUUUAUGUCAUUUCAGCCUUGAAAGAAUUCUUGAGUUUAGUGAUAUUAUUCAUUGCCACGAUAAUUCCGACUGUUGAGACGGCAUUCACAGAGCAGGAUCUCACGAGACGGAACGAGACGAAAGACCGCAUUGUUGCAAGAAUCAAAAACUUUAUCGAAGAGGCCAUGCACAGACAAGACUACGCCAGUGUGAAGCAAUACAUUGAGCAUGUAGAAGGUCUGCUCGACGACUUAUAUGCCACUGAGGAUUGCGAUAAGCUUGUCAAAGCUUACUUCACCGUGUUUAGGGCGUGUUCGGCCUCCCCGGAGGAGGUAAGAGCACUAAACACGAUGGCGGGGCAAGCUGCCGCUGCAGACGUAUUCGCGGAACCAAGAGAUCCGGAGUACGGCAACAACCUGUCGGAAGAGCGUUUUCAGGAUGAUGCAAGAGAGGCACAGAUUGAGGAGAUCGACUUCUCCACCGUUGCCAUUGCCGCCGCCUCUGUCGCCGCCGUCUCCGCUGCCUCCGUCGUCACCGAGACCGACCUCCAGUCUACCUUGGUCACCAUCACCGACUGUGGUCCAGAGGUUACUGACUGCCCCGCCAAGUCCUCUAUUGCUCCUCAGAACCACACCGCCACCGCUAACGUCUCCUCUUACGAGGGUGCUGCUAACAAGCAGUACGCUGCCGGUGCCGUUGCCUUGGCCGCUGGUGCUUUGUUGGCUUUGUAA